GAGCGCCUACUACAUGGCACCACAGGGUCUGAAUGUAGUGAACUUGGCAGCUGCUUGUCCCAAAGGUGGCGUCCUCUUCACCGAGGAUAUGAUUUCUUGGCACGUACCUCGCCGUGUGACUCCUCUGUUGGACGGCAGAAUUACAGUCUCAGAAAUGCACAUGGGAAUCAACGGGCAGAGGCUUGAUAGAUCUCAGAUGGCCGCACGGGGGUACACACUGAGCACCACAGACUUCCACAUCGUCGUCGAGAUCCCAGUGGGCUCGCCUGAUGGUUACUACAAGAGCCAUGCCCCAGAUUACCAGUACCACAUCACCUACUUUGUGGAGCCCAUGCUUGAGGUACUGUGGAGAGAAGAUGACACCCAAGAUGAUACCAGAUACAAGGUUUUGUUCCCCAUCAUGACCCCUCUGAUGCCUCAAUCUCCCCAAAUCCAGGAUGACACUGUCCCAGAGACUCGGGUGUUCAGCGUUCUCUUGGGAACCUUCCUCCAUGACGUUGAGCUGAGGAACAUCACCUUCUCCAUCGGGGUCCUCACUGUUGAGGAGAGCAAUGCCAAAGGCUUCACAGUCCAGGAACACAGCUUGGCUAAUGGCUCCAAGAGCUUCUCUCUUCAAGUGCCCUUUGAUGCCGAUGUUGUCUUAAAACAUGUAUGACAUUAUAGAUUCAAAAUAUCACUUUG